CUCCCAAUUAGGGUUUCGUCUGUUCUUGAUUUCGCUUUCAAUUGGAAGAAAAAUGCGCGGGAUCGAGAAGAAGAAGACGCAUGGUACCUGAAGCAUUCUUCUCCGCUGGAAAAAAAAGUGAAGGAAAGAAAAUAAAUAUUAUUGCAUGAAGCUUUGGUGCUUUCUAUGCUUCAACGAAGAAGAAGAGGUAGAAGAUAAAAAGAGUGAUAACAAUCUAAUGAAGCGUAACGAAGAGGACAUCUUCAGAAACGACGACGUCGUUUCGGGGACGGCGAUUCCUGUCGACGAAGAGGAAGAAGAAGAAGAAGAAGAAGAGGAAGAAGAAGAGGAAGAGGGAGAAGACGGCGUUUACGACGAUGCCGCCGCUGCUCUCGUUUUUGGAAAUGACAACGACGAACGACCUGCUGUGCCGGUUUCCGGUGAGCUAUUCCGGUUGUUCGAGGGCUAUGGGUUCGGUUCAUGGGCCGGUCCGCGCCGGUCCGAGGGAGAGAGCAGCUCCGGUUCUUCUGCUGCUCCCACCGGUUCGGAGAGCCACAAGCGGCCCAAGGUUUACGCUGAUUUCGGUGAAUGUCAUUAUGCAACCUCUGCGUCUUUGAAUACUGGGAAGUCCACUGCAUCUGCUGACUAUGGAGAUUAUGAUUAUCUUCAAGGCUCGUCUCUUCAACCGACCAGUGAUGUAUGUUAUGAUGAUUUUACAUUGAUGUGUACUGGUGAGGAGAAUGGCUUUAAUGCUAGCUGCGCGAAAGACGGCGAAGGAGACGAUAGUGACAUUUCAAAGGGAGAAGACCUAGAAGUCAGGAUGGAUCUCACAGAUGACUUGCUGCAUAUGGUGUUCUCAUUUUUGGAUCAUCCCAACCUUUGCAAAGCUGCCAGAGUUUGUAAGCAGUGGCGAGUUGCUAGUGCUCACGAAGACUUCUGGAAGAGUUUGAAUUUUGAAGAUCGGAAUAUAUCUGUAGAACAAUUUGAAGACAUGUGUAGGCGGUAUCCAAAUGCUACAGCAAUGAGCAUAUCUGGUCCAACUAUUUACUUGCUGGUCAUGAAAGCUAUCUCUUCAUUGCGGAAUCUUGAGGUGCUAACCUUAGGAAGAGGACAGAUAGCAGAUACUUUUUUUCAUGCGUUAGGUGAUUGUUCUAUGUUGAAGAGAUUGAAUAUCAAUGAUUCUACACUUGGAAAUGGCAUUCAGGAGAUAUCUAUUAACCAUGAGAGAUUGUGCCAUAUUCAGUUAACCAAAUGCCGUGUGAUGCGAAUAGCAGUCAGGUGCCCACAGCUAGAAACCAUGUCACUGAAGCGUAGUAACAUGGCACAGGUGGUUCUUAAUUGCCCUUUGUUGCAUGAGCUUGAUAUAGGUUCUUGUCAUAAACUUCCUGAUGCUGCAAUUCGAGCGGCUGCGACUUCAUGCCCACAACUAGCGUCUCUAGACAUGUCUAAUUGUUCGUGUGUUAGUGAUGAAACUCUGCGUGAAAUAGCACUGAGUUGUGCUAACCUUAGUUUUCUUGAUGCAUCAUAUUGCCCAAAUAUAUCUUUGGAGUCGGUUAGACUGCCAAUGUUGACUGUUUUGAAGCUUCACAGCUGCGAGGGAAUCACUUCAGCCUCAAUGGCUGCAAUAGCUCAUAGUUAUAUGUUGGAGGUUUUGGAGCUUGACAAUUGCAGUCUAUUGACUUCAGUGUCUUUGGAUCUACCACGUUUGCAGAAUAUUAGACUGGUACACUGUCGCAAAUUUGUUGACUUGAACUUGAGGACACUAAUGUUGUCUUCUAUACUGGUGUCCAACUGCCCUGCGCUUCACUGUAUCAACAUCACUUCAGAUUCACUAAAAGAAUUAAAAUUGCAAAAGCAGGAUAGUUUGACAACAUUAGCUCUGCAAUGCCAGUCAUUGCAAGAAGUGGACCUUUCUGAGUGUGAAUCUUUGACGAAUUCAAUUUGUGAUGUUUUUAGUGAUGGUGGAGGUUGUCCUAUGUUGAAAUCAUUAGUUCUUGAUAAUUGUGAGAGUUUAACAUCAGUCCGAUUCAACAGCACCUCGUUAGUGAGUCUUUCUCUCGGUGGAUGUCGUGCAAUUACUACCCUUGAGCUUAAAUGUCCUAAGCUUGAGAAGGUUAUUUUAGAUGGUUGUGAUCAUUUGGAAAGAGCAUCAUUUUGUCCUGUUGGUCUUCGGUCUCUCAAUUUAGGAAUAUGUCCAAAAUUGAACAUUCUCAGCAUUGAAGCAUCGUCGAUGGUCUCACUUGAGCUGAAAGGUUGUGGUGUACUAUCUGAGGCAUCCAUUAAUUGUCCUCUCUUGACAUCUCUGGAUGCUUCCUUUUGCAGCCAACUCACAGAUGCCUGCUUGUCUGCUACAACUGCUUCAUGCUCCCUGAUUGAGUCACUAAUAUUGAUGUCUUGCCCAUCGAUUGGUUUACGUGGUCUCCGUUCUCUGCAGUUUCUUCCAAAUUUGACUCUCCUCGAUUUAUCGUACACUUUCUUGGUCGACUUGCAGCCUGUUUUUGAGUCUUGUUCACAGCUAAAGGUAUUGAAGUUGCAGGCGUGCAAAUAUCUCCCAGAUUCAUCCCUUGAACCUCUUUACAAGGGGGGUGCUUUACCAGCACUACAAGAGUUGGACCUGUCAUAUGGAACCCUGUGUCAGUCUGCUAUCGAAGAGCUUCUUUCUUGCUGCACACACCUUACACGUGUAAGCUUGAAUGGCUGUGUGAAUAUGCAUGAUUUGAAUUGGGGAUCCAGUCUUGGGGAGAUUGCCGAAAUGACUGGUGUGAAGAUCCUAUCCCAUCCAAGUUCCUCUGCGAUUGUCCACGAGUCAAGUGGGCAACCCACACGGUUACUGCAGAAUCUCAACUGUGUCGGAUGUCCAAAUAUCAGGAAAGUGUUCAUUCCAUUGGCAGCACAUUGUGCCAAUUUAUUAUACCUGAACCUCUCUCUCUCAACUAAUUUGAAGGAGGUUGAUGUUGCUUGUCUGAACCUAUGCUGGCUUAAUUUAAGUAAUUGUGCUGCUUUGGAAGUUUUGAAGCUAGAGUGCCCAAGAUUGGCCAGCCUAUUCCUUCAGUCUUGCAAUAUUGAUGAGAAAGCUGUUGAAGCCGCUAUUGCUAGAUGCACUAUGCUGGAAACUCUUGAUGUUCGCUUCUGUCCAAAGGUGAGAAUAAGCUCAAUGAGCAUGGCUAGAUUACGUGCUGCUUGUGCUAGUUUGAAGCGUAUAUUCAGCAGCUUGUCAACUUCAUGAAUUUGACAAAGGAUCUUCAAAGUUAUCUAGUGCACUUGGAGUGAAGCUGCACGUGGUAACAAAUCUAUUUAUUUCCUUAUGUAUUGUACAUGGUUAACUUUCUCAUUGUGUUUGGCAUAUAGAAAUCAGGUGAUCUCAUGUAUUGUCAAAAUAAAUUCUCUGUUCUAAAUGUUACUGUAAAUUUGACAUUUCAAUUUUGCUGAUGCAUAUUCUGUUCUAAAACAGUCUAGCCUUGUUUGUUGUAUAGAAUAGGUGUAUCUGAUCCCUAGGUGUUAGUAUGACCUUUUGCAUUAGUAAUGAUAUUUCUGGGUAUGUAAUAUAUUAGUUAGGUAUCCACGUCUAUGUUUUGAUUUUAUGAAAUUUUGUUUGUAA